AUGUACAAGUCGACCUUGGACCCUUCGGGGGCUCUAACCUUCGAGUUCGACCCGCUGCGGCCACUCCACGCCAACGAAGACUCGCGGCUGCAAUGGCCCGAGUUCCCGUACAAACAAGUGAUGAUCGAUCGGGUGCGCGCGAAAGCAGGAGGGUCUGACGGCCACACCCUCGAGACCGGGUGGAAAGUGUUGGAGCGCCGGUUCCUUGACGAACGCGCUGCCUUCCGUCAGGCCAAACGGGAGUUCAUUCGAGGCGAUAAGGCCAAAGUUUCGAGCAUUCUGGACGCCCAAGCUGCCAAGGAGAGAGAGCAACAGGAACAGGCCGAGCUCGCUGCCUGGAGAGCACGACAAAUCGUCAAGCGGUACGAAGACGGCAGCAAAUACGACGGAGACGGCGUCAACGACAAUGGCGUUCUGAUCCCUCACGGCUUCGGCACGCUCUGGGUGCCGGAGGAGAAGUACCUGACGUCGGUCGGACGCGGUGCCGACAUCAAGCGAGUGGUUCGCUACGUGGGCGAGUGGAGAGACGGCUUCAUGCACGGCCUUGGGACGUACUAUUGGGCGUCAGGGGAGUCGUGGAAGGGCAACUUCCUCCGUGACGAGCUGCAGGGCAAGGGCGUCUACACGAGCAACGAACGAGACACGGACGAACUCAACAGCGGUCGGGGUGAUACGGGGCGAGAGGCGAAUAAUAAUGAGGGGAAAGACCCGCAGACUCUGCGUCCGAACCAGCGGAUCCGAUACUUUGAUGCGAGUCAACACGUUUGUUGGGGGGACGAACUGGUGCGCGGAUGUCGUGUUCGCCUCUUUGACAAUCGCCACUUCGGCGACCCGCUCGUGUCCGUCGUGAAACGCUACAAUGUGGACCUGGAGGAGGAGACGGAGGCGGUGGUGAUCCGCUACGAUCCCAAGACGGACCGACACUUACUUCGCAAGGGCGAGACGGAAGAAACGCGCUGGCUGUCGCUGUCCAACACAAACUUCCGGGUGGUUAUUUCUCGCCCGAUUGCACGUUUGCUAGAGGAGUAG